AUGCUUGGAAUUCUCUUUGCCGUGUUGACUCUGGCAGCUGCAGCCCUUGGCUGUGGGGUACCUGCCUUCUCACCUGCUGUGACUAGAGUUGUUGGAGGGGAAAAUGCAAUACCAUACAGCUGGCCCUGGCAGGCCUCCCUUCAAUAUCAAUCAAGUGGCAAAUGGUAUCAUACUUGCGGAGGAACCCUCAUUGCAACCAACUGGGUAAUGACAGCUGCACACUGCAUCAGUUCUACCAGGCAAUAUCGGGUACUUCUUGGAAAAUAUAACUUAGCAGAAGAGGAAAAAGGAUCUGUGACAGCUUUUCCAGAAAAAAUCGUUGUCCAUGAGAAAUGGAAUUCAUACAACGUUGCAAAUGGGUACGACAUUGCUUUGAUCAAACUCACUGAACACGUCAGCCUGAGUGAUCAAAUUGAGCUGGCCUGCCUCCCUGCUGCACAAAGCAUCCUGUCAUCCAACACUGCUUGCUAUGUGACAGGAUGGGGAAGACUGCAGACAAAUGGAGCUCUUCCAGAUGAACUGCAGCAAGGUCUUUUGCUGGUGGUGGAUUAUGCAACUUGUUCCAGGCCUACCUGGUGGGGAAGCACAGUGAAAACCAACAUGGUUUGCGCUGGUGGGGAUGGAAUCACCUCCAGCUGUAAUGGGGACUCUGGUGGCCCACUGAACUGUCAAGGUGCUGAUGGCAGAUGGGAAGUGCACGGUAUUGUCAGCUUUGGCUCUUCUCUUGGCUGCAACUAUUAUCGGAAACCUUCUGUCUUCACUCGGGUCUCUGCUUACAACAGCUGGAUCCAGCAAGUUAUGGAAAGCAACUAA